UCGCAACAUUUGUGGUUCACCAGUGGAGGUGUUUCUGCAGGUCCUGGACGCGGUGUACAGCAACCGGAUAGAAAUCUGCAAAGAUGGCAUCGGCAACAGCCACUUACGGGCAGAGGGAGUCCACGGACCAGAAUUUUGAUUAUAUGUUUAAGAUCCUCAUCAUUGGCAACAGCAGCGUGGGAAAAACCUCCUUCUUGUUCCGCUACGCCGACGACUCCUUCACGCCCGCUUUCGUCAGCACGGUGGGGAUCGACUUCAAGGUGAAGACCAUCUACAGGAACGACAAGAGGAUCAAACUACAGAUUUGGGACACGGCGGGUCAGGAGCGUUACCGCACCAUCACCACGGCUUACUACCGAGGAGCCAUGGGCUUCAUCCUCAUGUACGACAUCACAAAUGAAGAGUCCUUCAACGCCGUGCAGGACUGGUCAACUCAGAUUAAAACGUACUCGUGGGACAACGCUCAGGUGCUGCUGGUGGGGAACAAGUGCGACAUGGAGGAUGAGCGGGUGGUGAGUGCAGAUAGGGGACGGCAACUGUCUGAACACCUCGGUUUUGAGUUCUUUGAGGCCAGUGCAAAGGACAACAUCAACGUGAAGCAGACUUUUGAGCGCCUCGUCGACAUCAUUUGUGAAAAGAUGUCCGAGAGUCUGGACGCCGGUGACCCCGCGGUUACAGGGGCCAAACAGGGGCCUCAGCUCACAGAGCAGCCCGCCCCUCCUCACCAGGACUGUGCAUGUUAAGACGCAUUCAUUUCUCCGACCCUUUUUUCUCUCGUCUUUAUUCUUGUCCUUCUUGAGCUGUACCCCAGAUCCUCAGGUCCUUAUUUCAUCCCCUUUUCUCACCUCUCUUGGUUCACGGGUUGAUAAUAACACGCUGAAAGCUCCUGAAAUGCUCUGACGUCCAAACGCUCCAGCGUUUAAAGUGAUUCAUUCUUUUAUGUAAGGAAAAAAAAGGUGUUUUUAUCAAAAGACACGCUGAACCAAAGCCAGAGCAACUCCAAUCUCGGCAGAGCAUUUCAGACUCUUUGCAGCUGAGGUGCUGGAUGGAUUGUUUUACUGUUCCCCAGUGUGGUUUGACAAGAAGGAUUUGACGGCUUCCAUCCUCAGAGUGCCAUUUAAAUCCUUCCAAAGUUUACACUAGUUUGUUUCAUAUUGGUUUAGGGAAAAAAAUGAAAAGAAAACUGAGGCAGUAGAUGAGAAGGGAAAAAUUAUCCAUCUAAGCUGAAUUCAAAACUAUUGUGCUGUAUGUCAUGUAAACUUUAUUUUCUCAUCUAUGUAUAUCAGGGGUCUGCAACCACUGUGGCUCUCCGAAGUGGCUUUUAAAGAAAAAUAUAUAUAUAUUAAUAAGGAUGAAUAAAUCACCAUCAAUUUCAUUUAGAUAAGCUAAAAGUUUUAAAUAAUAAGCAAAACUUUAGUAAAAAGUCUGAUUUUUCAUGAGUUUAAAGCAUAUAUUAUCGUAUGGUGCCCAACAAUAGCUGUCCAGAGCUGCUCUAGAAUGAUCCUUUAUGACACAAGGGGUCUUUUAUUUUGAAAUUAAAUAAUAAAAGUGGCGGUCUAACAUAAAAAACAAUUUCAGGUUUUGAGAAAAUCGCAAUAAACGGGAUAAUUUGACCUAUCGAGAGCAUGGUUCUUUUACUGUUGAAGGUUGCAGACCUCAGAUCUAUAUCAUGAAAACCACAAUCUAAUCUAGCUUUCCCCUUUAAACAUUUUUUGUGAAAUCUUACAUAUGUUUUUGCAUUUCUCUACUAAUCAUUAAUUUUAUAUUUUUCCUUCUACUUUGUAUUUAUUUACUAAAACACUUGGAGGCAAAGAUAGGAACAACCUGAAUGGCAAAAACUGAAUAGAAACUUAUUCAAUUAUAUUUAUUUAAAAUGUACAUAUAAAUGUUGUGCAAUAUAUAUAUAAAUAUAUAUAUAUAAAUAAAAUAUAAACCAAG